AUGUCACGUCCUAGACGCCUCGAUGUCGCAAAAAUCCGGCAAAUCAGCACUGCCAAGGCCCUGGGCAAAGAAAUCGGGACCUGUUUUACGAUCCGAGCCGACGGAGAAGGCUGUAACCAGUGGUCGUCACUGAAGACGUCAGUCUAUGGGGCAGCUGAGAAAAUCCUUGGAUACGCCCAGCGACGCCGCAGUGACUGGAUCGACGGAGGAACCCUGGAGUUGUCUGCUCAGACGGCUCGAGCCAGGUUCCGUAACGAUGACUGCUUCCGCCAACUUCGGAAGAUGGCGGCAAAAUCGGCCAGGGAUGACCGGAAGCAAUAUUGGGCUGAAAUAGCGACAUCCAUGGAACAGGCCUCGAACGUUGGUGACACUCGAAAACUCUACCAACUUAUCCGCCAAUUUAACGGUAAGCCCUCUACACUGAGUGACUCUGUUCGCGACGUGAAUGGCGGUCUUAUUGCUGACAACUCGGCCAAAGUCCAGUGCUGGCGUGAGCACUUUGUGCCCCAUCUGAACUUCGAUACCCAACCUACAUCGUCCUUGUUCUCCUCCUCAGCGGAGUUUCUUCCCUCUCCUACCUAUGCAGUGCCAUGCGAUCCCCCCUCUGAGGAAGGAGUCGCCGAUGCCAUACGAAAGUUGCGCAACAAUAAGGCACCCGGAGAGGACGGUAUAUCCGCUGAAAUCUUCAAGUCUUGUGUCGGCACUGACGCCCUGGUUCCAUGA